GCCAUCUGGUGGAGCAACGAAGGUUCAUGUACGCGCGAUAGACCGCCUGUUUAUUUAGCUCGCAGCACCCCGUGCGAUCGGUGUUUUCUAGUCGGCGUAUUCCGAGUCUUUCGUCUGUUAUUCUGCCGCCGCACCAUGGUUUUCAGGCAGUUCCCAAUCACCGUCGUCUGCUUCGCUACAUCUUUGGCGGCUGCGCUGCAUUUAUGUGCCGCCAGCGUGCCUCCCACAUGCAUAUCGGAUUCUGACUGCUCUGGUGGCCAGCGCUGCGUCACACACUACAACAUGUCGGUGAACAGCUACUGCGACAGCUACAAUUACUGUAUCGACGUAUCCGACACAUCCUGCUCCUGUUCUGAUGGCUACACCUGCCGCCUGAAGGAUUGCCCGAGUUCUCCUUACGAAUGUCUAUUUCUGCAAGACACCAAGAGCAGAUGUGGUGCGGAAAAUGCUCCCGUAUGCCAAGACGAUGAGACCUGUGCGUACGCCUUUAACACAGUCUACUGCUACAAGUGCCCCUGCUAUGGACAGUUCAACGUCACCUGUCUGAAGCACAGCGACCGGUAUCCUGCCUGCGGACCUAACAGCAUCGCCACGUUAUACGGCAUUGAAUACAGCUGCGACGGCUGUAGGUCGGCGAGCUUCGCGCUUGUCGCACUGAACUGAGCACAAGUGUCACAUCAGACGACCAGCCUUUGUGCUGAACGCCAACAACAAGGCUGAGCCCGAUGCUUAAGCAUGUGAACGGAUGGGCGUCACUUCGUGCGAUCACAAUAAAUCCGCGAGGUGCUCGAAGUUCGCUUAUUUGUUUGUUUUUAUUUAUUUUUUUCAUAAUGAACAGGUCAUAACAAAGGCGGGAUGAGUGCGUCAGUGACUUUGACGGCCCAUGGUUAGUCGCUCAUCUGCUACUAGCCUUAUAACUCUGCAGUUCGAUGUGUCCAACGCUAACGGCAUUUUCUCGUAUUAAAUGUUUUGGUCUUUGUUUGUUGCUAUUGUUGUGACAAGAGCUGAAACACUUGCAUCAGGUGCGCAGUUUGACCGUGUGUAGGUGUGGGCAAACAUCAGGCUCCUAUGACUUUUUAGGGGGGCGGGGGGGGGGGGUCAUUAUUGAGACAUCUCCCCCCAAGUCAUGUGGCACAUAUGCCAUUCACGCCGGCAGCGCUAAUUCUCGAGACAAAAAUAUAGGAACGCAUUUCCUCGGGAAAAGGAUUCAAAUGCCCGUUUGCGAAGACUUCCAUGCGCUUUAGAGAACGCUGAGUACCAAUCUCAAUUUACAAUCAUAGGGUUUUAGACCUGGGUAGGAGUGGUUCCAUGUUACUGCGAAAUACAGCAUGCACUGGGACAAAAAGGAAAAUACGUUUGUCUUCCUCUUUGCUUGUCCUUGUCCCCGUGAGUGCUGCAAUUCGUAGUACUCGUUCAAAGCGUCCAUAGAUAUGUAGCUCUAGGGCGCGAAAAACUCAAAAUCAGCGGUACGAUCAAUCAAUGAAACUAUCAAUUAUGGAACCAGAAAGCAUUGAGAAAUGGCGCAACAGUUCGCAGCUCAGCAACAAGUAGGUGUGGCGGAGUGGUGAAAGAAGAGAACACACUUGAAGACAACGAAACAACACGAAGGAAUAUAGAUAUAUAUUUUUUUUCUGUACAAGUAUCACAAAUCACACAGGGGCACACCUGGGCGUACGAGUGCACAGGUAACUUCCCCCUGGCGAUCACAACCACGUGUCACACAUUUGCGACACCACAUAGACGUAUAUUGCACAGUCAUAUACGAAGCUCGGAACGUAUGGGACGGAACGGGCGCUAGUUAAACGACAAAAAGACAGUGGCGGCUUAACACUGGAGACAACGUGCCUACCACAACCAAGCACCUGUUACUUAGGGGGAAAGAAGUGGGGGCAAUAAGCUUUCGUUUCCGCCGGGAACAUCUGUUAUCUGACAUCCAGGUACGUCCGUUUGCUUUGAGCGUGCAGUAAUAAAGCUCGCCAGGGACUGCAAGCACAGGAGAGAUGGAGCUGCUAUUAAGCUCAGGUUUGCUUAGCCACUAGUGAAAUGGUGCUGACCACAAGCUGUCGAGGUAACGUUUGAAAAACGUCCUGCAGUGAGCUCUGCGACCUAAGUUUAAAAGAAAAACGCAAAAGUUCAGUGCACACUCAAGGAAACGUAAUUGCUCCUCAACACUUAUUGAUUUUUGCACUAUAGUUUAGCAAAACAGCGCGCUCUUCAACUGUAAGCGUUUCAAGCUAGGCCAUCUUCGCGUCGGCCAAAUGUCGCAUCAAGUCUCGGAACAACACCUGUCGGGCCAGUGAAGUCUUUCCCAUCUUCUCGGCGUCAAUCCAUUUUCACCUCUUCACCAACAUCGCGUGCCAAUCUUAUCUCCAGGUAUUGCCACUGUACCCCCGCGUUAAUUCAGUCUUCCCCAAUCCUCUUCGUAAUGUUCGUAUCGUGUUUGGUUCGAUGAGUGCAGCACGCGAAAACACCGGACCGCCAAUUUCCGCACCACGCGUUCCGAGCAAACGCGCCGAAGCACUCAUUACACAUCGCGAUUUGUACAAAUGUCUCUUCUUCCCGUGCGACGCAGCGAAGAGUUUCUUAGCCCAGGGCAGCGGACACCUUGAUGAGGGGCGUCAGGACGGCGCGGAUGUUCUUGUCGCCGGGCGCCGAGCCGAAGUCGAUGCUCUUGCACUUGUUGCCGGAUCGGUAGGCGGUGCACACUGUUCC